UCUCUCCUCCUGCAGGUCUACGAAAUAAUUCAUUGCACGAGUUGGCGCGAGAACGAGGGAAACGGUUAUACGGCAGUCAGCGGACUGAGGAGAACCAUUUGAGUGCCAACACGUUGAUCUCUUGAUUCAUUAUUUAUAUAUUUUUUUGGAAUUGUUGUAAACGCGUGAUCGUCAUCAGUCAAGAUGUUUUGGGGACUUAUCAUUGAACCUAACAAGCGGUACACCCAGACCGUUGAUAAACCAUUCCACGUGUCUAUGGCGACUCUGGAUGUUUCAACCGCCGAUGAUGAAAUAGUCCAAGUGAUGUUGUGCUAUGAAAAUCGAAACUACCUGUUGUGUAACCUGAAGAAGGGUCACGUCUGGCAGGUGCCUCUUGACCUGAACUUCCAGGAGGGUACGAAGAUAGCGUUCACGUCAAAUGGUCGUGGUCACGUGCACCUGACGGGGUAUCUGGUACCAGACGACGAGAUGGACGAUCUGGACGAGCUUGAGGACGAGGACGAGGAGGAGGAGGAGGAAGAGGAAGUACCCCAGUUGGUGGGCAAACGCAAGGCAAAGAAUUCUCCGACGGAGAGAAAGGCAGCAAAGAGGCUGAAGGAAUCUGUGAAGGAAGUUGCUGAGGAGGAGGAUGACUCCUCGGACGACGACGGACUCCUGGAUGGUCUUAUGCCCGACGAUGACUCUGAGGAUGACGAGGACGACGAACUUGAAGAGGAAGAAGAAGACGAUGACGAUAACCAGAUCGCAGAGGAUGAGGAGGAUGAGGAGGAUGAAGAUGAAGAAGAGGAGGAGGAAGAAGAAAAAGAAGUGAAGCCCCAGAAGAAGGGCAAACAAAAUAAAUCCCAGCAGAAAAAGGAGGAAAAACAAAUACAGCAGAAACAGGCACUCGUCAAUGGGAAGGACAAGAAGGCAGAGAAAUCUGACAAGAAGAGCAAAGACAUUCAGAAUGACUCACAGAUGCAGAAGAAGAGAAUCAUCAGUGGUGGAAUCCAGGUGGAAGAGUUGAAGGUCGGCCAGGGGGCUCCUGCCAAACCUGGGAAAUUCUUGUCUGUGUACUACGUGGGGAAACUUGCCAAUGGAAAGAAAUUCGACUCCACCACCCAAGGGGAUGGCUUCAAAUUCAGGCUGGGAAAAGGUGAAGUGAUUAAAGGGUGGGACGUUGGUGUUCAGGGGAUGAAGGUUGGAGGUAAACGACGACUCACGAUACCACCUCAGAUGGCAUAUGGAGCCAAAGGAUCCCCUCCAGUCAUUCCUGGUAACAGUACACUCGUCUUCGAAAUCGAGCUCAAACGAGUUCAUUAGGAGUUUCACAUGCAGUCUUUUUUAAAUGGACAUCUACAUUCCUCGUCGUUCACGUGCCAUCCUACAUAUGUGGAAUUAUUCCCGCGGUUUUUGUUUCUUAUUGCUCUGGGAUUCGUGGGAGUGAAAGAGUUGUGCUGAUUUUUUUAAGGAUUUUUCAUUUCUUUACACGAAUCUUCAUUUUGGUAUGAGUCAUAUUUAAAUUGUGUUAAAUAUCGAUUUAUUGCAAAUUCAAUCGGCAUCAGAAAAGUCUUGGGAUUUUUUUCCUCGAAAUCGAUCGAU